AAUCUGGCGGCUGAAGUACUGCAGAAACACUCGGAACACAGACACUCAACUCAUGAGGAAAAGGAAGCACAACCCACACAGCCACAACAACACACCCAACAGCAAUCGCAAACAGAACCACAAUCACAAACACAACAACAACAACACACACAUCAAACACAGCAAACAGAAACACAAACACAGCAACAACAACACACACAACAAACACAACAAACAGAAACACAAACACAGCAACAACAACACACACAACAAACACAACAAACAGAAACAGAAACACAGCCACAAGAAGCUGAACCACUGAGCAAGGUGGCCAAUGGAUUAGACGACAUAGUAACGACAGCCGAAGUGCCUGGGGAGUUGAUCUUACCUGCACCGACUGAGUUGGACUUGUCGCAGCCGCUACCUCAGGAUGUACUGACGGAGAUUAUCGAGGGGACUAUCCCCGGAGAGGCACUCCAGGGGCAGACUGGCACUAUGGAGGACGGGGUAGGUAUGGCUGAAGGCACCGCAGAAAGUGGACUAAUGUCGGAUGUUGAGACAACGAGUAGAGGAGAAACGGCAGAUAUUGCCACAGAAAUUAGGGAGAUGUCAGACAAACGGGCAGAAGAUGGACAAGAGUUGUUGGAUGGGGCUGGCACUGGCGUGAACACAGACAGCUCAACCACACCGCAAGAAAGUGGACAAAUAGCAAAUGUGUUGGACAGAUACGACGACGCCGCUUUAACUGGUGGAGCGGCGGCAGGUACCGUCGUUGGCGAACAAACCGAAGCCGCCUGUGUAGAGGAACCGCCUAUUACCGAAGCGGACUUAGACUUCUUCUCAAUCGAUGCGACAGUGCGAGACUUCCAACUGUGUGUGCAGAACUCUACCGAUGAUAGAACGGUCAUCAAACUUGGCGCCCAAUCGGCUGAGAUUGAGGGUUGCCAUGCCGACCAGAAUGCCAUAGAUGCCGGUGAAAAUACCACAGAUACCCACCAGAAUGCCACCGAUGGCGACAGAGAACGGUUACGGAAGAGUGCGCCGUUGCUGUGGCUGAGAAUACAACACACACCAGCGACUGAAGAGGAGACAAGCACAGCCACACGUAGGCCAAGCACACGGGAACACGGCCCAAGCACACCAGCACCAGCAAAUGCACAGGCACAGCACACACCCGCACAAGCCACUGACGACAACUUAAACGGCACCAACCACAUACACACAGACACGGACACACACACCUCACAGCACACAGACAAGGACACACACACCUCACAGACAGACACACGCACGCAACACCUGAACACGGCGGAGACGGAGACGGAUGCAGAUACGCAGAACCACACGCAGACGACAAGCACAAGCGGUGCAGCGGAUAAGCUGAGUUUGGCUGGAAUGGCCAGCCUACCCAACUACCCAGCACCACCACCACGACUCAACGACCUCAAGGCAGUGGUCACAGGACUACAUGUUAUGCUGGACUCAGACAUGCUCGCAAGGAUAGGCGAUUUCGUCGAGCAGCCAGAGAGCUUAUCUGACAAGGCCAGCCAAAGAUCCCUAGCACCACGUAAAUCACAGUCACACUCCAUCAACGACACUCCCCACGCCACCCCUUUGAAGUCCGAAGGGGCGCAGACGGUGAUGCAGAAGCAGAUAUCAGUGCUGAACAGCAGCGCAUUACUAAUCAAUAAUGAAGCGACACUCGAUGGCCUGCCCAAGCCCCCGCCAUUGCAGAUCAAACUGGAUGAUCUCAACGUAGCAUGUUCAGCUGACAAUGUGUGGACUGUGGGUAAGGCACAGAAGUUUUCCGCACAAAGCAGACGCAGCCGUACAGCACCGUCUUCUGUGGGAUUGUCAGCAACACCCUCUAAUACUUCGCUAGAGUUGGGUGGUGGUACUAGUAACUCGUUCAUUGAGGCAGAGGAGUCGCCUAUGAUAAGUGCGUACAGGCGAGAGUUAGCCGAGUUUGCCAGUGCUGUGCACCAGGCACAGAUGGAUGCACUGAAAGCCUUGAACGCGCGCAGGGACAUGAAGCUGCAGAUCACGGAAAUGCAAACGACACUCGAAGAAUCCAAGAGUGUGCAGGCUCAGACAGCACUCCAAACGGAGGUGAAACGGUUGAAGGCGCUGGAGGACCAAUACAAGGAAGAAAUGGCACAUCGUGAUAAGCUGACGGAUGUCAUACUCAAUAAAUUCAAAGUGCAAAGAGAAGAGUAUGAGAAACUCUGCAGCAGUGCAGAGGCCAAUGAACUCGGUAGG